UUACUUUGCUUUUAUAUCGUAGUAAAACACAAUGUGGUAAAUAGAAAAAAGGUUGUACACGUUUAAGUGACAUUUUACAACGAAACUUGUAACAGUAAAACAAAGAAACAAAACAAAAAAAAUUAAUUUUUUCUGAUUUUUGUUAACGGAAUUUAUCAUGCUGCACAAAAGUAUAAUAUUUCACGUAGUCAUUGGAAUAGCUUUUAGCGAUAUAAUUAGUUCUAUUUCAGAGCAAAUGGCACUGCCUAUACAUCACAAGGAACUAGUGACUGGAUAUUAGAAAUCAUUGAAGGAUUUGAAAACUUACGAAAUAUUCAGGCUAAUGAAGAUAAUGCUGAGGAUUUUUCUAACAAUAAUGUUAUCAACUUGUUUUCAAAUAUAAACAAUAAUGAAUCUACAGCUAAUAAAGAAAUAAUUUUUGAAAUGAAAUUAGUUGGACCACUUCAGCACUCAUGGAUCAUCCACCGUCUUCCAGAUCAGAGAGGAUAUCGUAUAUACCAAAGUGUAACAAACGCUUAUUCACUGAAUGCAUGGUUAAACACUGAAGAAAAUCAAUUUGAAUACUUAUGGUCAAAAGGUGAUCUUAUGUAUUGGCAAGAUACCUACAAUAAAGUUGAAGGUUUAUUAAACAAGACUGGUAAUACCCUUCAAAACAUUGAGGCUAUUAAGCCUUCAAUGUUAUGGCUGAAACCGUGGCUCACAUUUGUGAAGGAACUGAACAAAACACGAAUAACCAGUUACUUUAAAAAUGCCUGGUCACGGUAUGGCGGUGGACGAAUUAUAAAUGAAAAAGACUUUUUUACAAAUUAUUUAAUGACUCUCAGCAAUAUGACUUCGUCCAUCCAAAGAUUGGUCGGAACAACAAAAAUAUGGACGAGUUGCCUUGAUAGACAAUGGAUAAGUCUCUUUGGAGCAGCUAAUCCUCUUGUUUAUAUAGGGAUGCCUUUCCAAAUGAUGACACAUAGCAAAAAUCCAAAGCCAUUCAAGUUACUUAUUAGAACAAUUCAGGUUGACGAAACUAAGGUGAAUGAUAUGGAUAUCAACGCUAACAAAUUAUUGCAAAGUGUCAACUUCACAGUGGCUUCUUUUCAUAUGACAGGGUCAUCAAAUAACACUAGUUAUUCUAAUUAUACUAAAUAUUCGUUGUUUUUAAUCAUAUUUAAUUUAAUUGUUUUUCUAUUAUGUAAUUGAGAGACUAAUUAGUUUUUUUUAUUAGUAAUUUCAUUUAUGUAAAUAUUAUGAUGAAAUUAUAUGUAAAUAUAUAGGAUCGUAUUUAUAUAAUUGUAUGCAGUUUAAUGUCUUUUUUUAUUAUUAUUUAAAUAAUUUACCAUUUCAAUCGAA